AUGUCUCUCAAAUCAGAUGCGUUCCCCUCCUCUGCCGCCUUCGACGCCAUCGCCGCAUCACUCAAAAACGACGAGGCCGGCCGUAAAGACGCCAUCAAGAAGGGCAAUGCCAUCUUUGCCUUCGACCUCAAGAAUACAUCGGGCGCAACCGAGUCGUGGUACAUCGAUCUAAAGGAGAGCGGAGAAGUGGGCAAGGGGGCACCACCCAAGAAGGCAUCGGUUACACUAUCGUUGAGCGACGAGAAUUUUGGAAAGCUCGUUACCGGAAAGGCAAACGCACAGAAGCUGUUCAUGAGCGGGAAGCUGAAGGUGAAAGGCGAUGUCAUGAAGGCGACAAAGAUGGAACCGAUCCUGAAGAAGGCACAAACAAGCGCGAAAUUGUAG